UACGUCUAGUCGCCUCUCUGUACUCAGCAGUAUAUUUACAGUGCUCUGCCUUUCACUGGAGAUAAAACGCCGGAGGACUCACGAACCAAGCAAACAGACAUGGCAGAAAACGCCGACUUGGAUAACCACCGUAUCAAGAGCUUCAAAAACAAGGGACGCGAUGUCGAGACUAUGAGAAGACAUCGAAAUGACGUGACAGUGGAACUGAGAAAGAACAAACGAGACAAGCAUCUACUGAAGAAGAGGAACGUCCCACAGGAGGACAGUCUUGAGGACUCCGACAUAGACUCUGACUUCAAAGGGCAAAACAUCACACUAGAAGUCAUGUUGCAGAACGCCACCAGUGAUAACGCUGUGCUCCAGCUCAGUGCCGUACAGGCUGCCAGAAAACUCCUCUCCAGUGACAGAAACCCUCCCAUUGAUGACUUGAUAAAGUCGGGCGUCCUGCCCAUCCUAGUCAAAUGUCUCGAGAGAGACGACAAUCCGUCUCUCCAGUUCGAGGCAGCCUGGGCCCUGACCAACAUAGCGUCUGGUACUUCACAACAGACCCAGGCUGUGGUCAAAUCCAAUGCUGUUCCCCUGUUCCUGCGACUGCUCCACUCUCCCCAUCAGAAUGUGUGUGAACAGGCUGUGUGGGCACUAGGCAACAUCAUAGGCGACGGGCCACAGUGCAGGGAUUACGUCAUAUCCCUGGGCGUGGUCAAGCCCCUGCUGUCCUUCAUUAACCCUUCCAUCCCCAUCUCCUUCCUCCGCAACGUCACCUGGGUCAUCGUCAACCUCUGUCGCAACAAGGAGCCACCUCCCCUCAUGCAGACUGUACAGGAGAUUCUUCCAGCUCUGUGUGUUCUUCUAUACCACACAGAUAUAAAUAUCCUGGUGGACACGGUGUGGGCUCUGUCCUAUCUGACUGAUGGUGGGAACGAGCAGAUUCAGAUGGUGAUAGACUCUGGCGUAGUCCCCUUCCUCGUUCCUCUGCUCAGCCACCAGGAGGUCAAAGUUCAGACUGCUACGCUGAGGGCAGUAGGCAACAUCGUGACAGGGACAGACGAGCAGACGCAGAUGGUUCUCAACUGUGACGUCCUCUCCCACUUCCCCAACCUGCUCACACACCCCAAAGAGAAGAUCAACAAGGAAGCAGUGUGGUUCCUGUCCAAUAUCACGGCUGGGAACCAGCAGCAGGUUCAGGCUGUGAUCGACGCAGGACUCAUCCCCUUGAUUAUCCACCAACUGGCCAAGGGGGACUUUGGGACUCAGAAGGAGGCAGCGUGGACCAUCAGCAACCUCACCAUCAGUGGCCGGAAAGACCAGGUGGAGUACUUGGUACAGCAGAAUGUAGUCCCUCCUUUCUGCAGCCUGCUUUCAGUGAAGGACUCCCAGGUGGUCCAGGUGCUCCUAGACGGCCUCAAGAACGUCCUCAUCAUGGCCGGGGACGAGGCUAGCACCGUCACUGAGAUCAUAGAGGAGUGUGGAGGUCUGGAGAAGAUUGAGAAUCUACAGCAACAUGAGAAUGAAGAGAUCUACAAACUAGCCUUCGAGAUUAUUGACCAGUACUUCUCAGGCGACGAUAUUGAUGAGGAUCCCAGUUUGAUUCCUGAAGCCACCCAAGGAGGGACCUUCAACUUUGACUCCACCUCCAGCCUGCAGAAGGAGUUCAAGUUCUAGGAGCCGGUCCAUCCAGCUUCACUAGUACUGUCUAACCCACCCCAGACAUUCAUCCAUCUAUCUCUCCUCCUAUCUGGCAACCUAAUACUGAAGGAUUGAACCCACCUACUACCAUCACCAUUACUCCAACAUGGCAACCCACCUUGCGAUUUGAAGGAUUCACCCACCAACUCCACAAUACACCACCUCUGCACUGAAGGGUUACUUAAAACUACCACCUGCCACCACAACCUGGCAACCCAAUACAAACGGGUCCAGGUAAUUCAUCCAGCACCAGUACAAUCUGGCCACCCGUGUGGGGAGGAUCUCAGGCAAUCUUAGCAAAUGCUUUGAAAUGUCACGUGAAAAUCACAAAGGAAGAAAAAGCCUUUUGAGGCAAUAUUUUUGAAUUGCCAAAUGUCACAACUACACACAUGCACACACGCACAAAACACACAGUUGAAGACACUUGGGAAUAAUUUCUGUGCAUAUUUGUUUUAGAAAACAAUAUCACAGACUGGGAAAGGAUACUGCGGUUUAUUUUUGUGCUUCACCUCUGGAUUGUCCCCUGGUUGUGGACACGCUCGCUCGCUCUCCCUUGAUGUCCGAGUGCCCCCAAUUAAUGAUGUUGACCACAGAGCGAAACAAUGAACAGGCAUGGACCCUGUCCCCCUCCCCAAAGUCCUAGGACAGGAAGAGGUGGGAUUUAGGCAGGAAGAGGUUUUUAGGCAGACUGACUGACAAGACAUUUUGACUCACUUUUAUUUUUAUUUUUUAUUUUUGCUUUUGACUUCUCUUGAAUCAUGAGUUAUGGAUUUUUAUUUAUAAAAAAAAUACAUGUAAUUAAAAAUAUAUAUAAUGCUGCAAAACUGUUCAUAUAAGUAUAUAAUUGUUUUGCAAUUUUGCUCUAAUUCAGGGGAGAGCAAAAUAAAAAAGCUUCAUUUUUUUCAGGUCUGGCAACCUGAGGUUGGAGGAAAACCACAGAGAAUGCUAGAGGACUCUAGGGCCCAAAAGCUCAUUUUAACAUGGGCAACUCCAUUGAAGACUUUCACCAUUUUAAACCAAGAUGGUGGAUAAAUAAAAAUGGGUCACUCAGGCUGUUUACCAUUGGAAAAAAUGUAAUGGGGUGGCUCUCCCAUAGACACCAAUGCGUAGCAGCUGAGUCUGGUCUACUUAGUUCAUUGACUACCAUUGGAAAAAGAGAGAGUGGGAUGUCUCGCUUAAGGAAGGCUCACAUAAUUCCAUCUAGGUCAUCAGCCAAUGAAUUAUACUUGUGAGUAAACAUUUCAUAACAGCAGGUGGCAGCCAACCUUGGCUUAAUACCUGUUCAAACACACUACAGGUGUCAGUAUGCAUCCUUUUAGUUUGUUUACAAACUCAUAGAAGUAUUAGAAAAUGGACUACUUCAAAAUGGAGAUGGCCUCAAUGGUGCUGCCCAUUCUCUCACAGACGCCAUAAUGGGACCGGUACAAUGAUGCAAUGUCCAUGAGGAAAACACUGUAGCCCAGAGGACAUGAAAUCCUGCUGCAGAAAUGAUGUCACUUCCUGUGGAGAGCAGGUAGUGAUGUCAUAGGUCUCUCAGACAUUCCUUGUAUUAACUAAUGGUUGUGUGCCACGUCAUCGACUGACAGAUUGCUGUAACACAUGAGUUGGUUAGCUGAUAUGUAAAAUACCUGUCCAGACUUUGUAAGAUCCAGAAUGCAUCAGAAACACCUUGUCAGAACUCCAACAGAAGAGUUGACUGUGAAAAUUAAAACAAACUUAUAUUUGGCAACAACAACAAAAAGUAUUACCCCAUUCUUAUAAAAAAAUUGUAUUUUAUGUUGAAAUAGAAAAUAUUGCAAGGUUUGUCUUUUUCUGGUCCAGGUAUAGAACAUGACUGAGGCCUUUAGUGGCUAAAGGUCAUAUUAGAAUGAGCAGAGCCAUUGAGGGCUUCCACAAUUUUAAUGUAGUCAACUGGGUGGAACUUCCAAAUUCAUUGGCUUAGCCCUCCUGGUGACCCUGUUGGAGUAAUGUCCAACUGGGUCAUCAGGAGGGAACAGCUAAAAUUGACUACUUUUUAAAAUGGAGAUUGCCUCAAUGGCGCCACCCCUGCUAUCACAGAAAUGGCACAGAAACAAAGAGGAGUCCUCUAUCUCUCUCGGACAAGUAUGUGGAGCCUCCAGGUUUACUAUUUUUACUUUUAGAUUUUCUUCUGUCUUAUGCACAUUUUUUUUCUCUCUUCCUGCGGAAAGAAGACAGGACUAACAGAGGAUAGAACAUGACCUCUGACCUAUACAGAACUUUAUUUAAUGUUUUUUUAAAUGAGGUCACAGUUCAUAAGCAUCCUGAAUAAUGUAUAUCUCUCAAACUCGUCUUUUGAGAAUAUAUAUAUUUCCAUAAAGCCUGUACAAAGCUGCUGCAGCUGAACAGUCAUUGUUGAAACGGACUCACUCUGCAGAACGAUAACAUUGGCUACUUAUUGUCAGAGAUGGACGGGGAGGUUGUUCCUUUGACGUUUUGGGUUUUUUGUUUUUGAUUUUCAUUCAAUUUUUUUUUGAACAUUCAUAAUGUGUUGUGAUGACAUGCUGAUGAAUCUGAGAACAGUUAUGUCUGUCUGUAGGGACAGACUGUGUCUUUGUACCGUCCAAGAGCCAGUCCCAGUUUGUUUCCAGGAUCUAGGAAGUGUGAGGGAAAACGCUAACCCAAAGCCCUGGUCCCUUGUCUGAACUUGUGUUCCUCGGUUAUGGCCCGUUCAAACAGCGCACAGCAAAAGCCGGGAAGGAUUUGUAAGGAGUGGGUUUGGAAUAGGGGGGUGUUCAAAGCAGCCCAGGCUUGUUUGGGAACCAAUAGUUUAUUACUGAUGAACAAAACCCUAGAGGGUGUCGUGAACUAUCCCUAGACGGACCGAGCCACUUUAACGAAUUACAAGUUCUUUGUCUUGUAUCAGAAAACGAUACAAGCUUAUGUUUGUUGCAAGAUUCUUACUUGCCAGAGAAAAGUUGUUUUUAAAGAACUUAAUAAAAUGUCAGUAUUUUUCAUUUAUACAUUUUAGAUUGAAUUCUUCUCUUUUAAGGUGGCUCGCUGAUGCUUUCAACUCUUGUGCACAUUAAAGACGUGAGUGAGUGGAAAUUCA